AUGGAUCUGCCAAAUACUUCAGACGGUAUGGGCGAAGAAGACUCAGCCUAUUUCUUUCAAGACCCCGAUAAUACUUGGAACUCCACUUCUCUCGCCCCCCCUUCUGCUGAGAGUUAUUGGAAAGAGACUCCCUACGAAACAAGAAUAGGUCAAGACCCCGAUUAUACAUUCGGCCAAUAUCCUGCGACCGAACUCUCUUUCAGUGAGAACCCCGAAGGCCUCUUCCCGACUCAUCCAGUUCAUAAUCAGGUUGCGGAGGGAGACGAAGCUAAUGUGUCUACUGAUAACAUGAUCCUUGGGGCUGGACACUGGAAUUUCUCGAGGCAGAGGACAAACGUUCCAACUGAGGAUUUCAGAGUUUCGACUGAUUCCCCUGACCUUGCAUUUAUCGAGUUUGGACAGCGGCCGGUUAUCCUUCCAGCUACAAAAAGUCCUAAUAAUGAUUUUCCAGCUGCAGAAUUCCAGACGGCAGAGGGCAGUGCUCAGUCUGAGUUGACGCCACUGAGCUCUACUUGGUCCCAAACGCCCAGGAAGCCGAAAACGACAAUGACAGAGGAAAAGCGUAUACUAAAUCGUUGUAGAGCAGCCGAUCAUAGGAAGAAGGCAAAGAAUAGACAGAUCGAGCUUAUUGAAGCAAUUAGACAAAUGAAGGAAAAAUGUGUUAGCCUUGAAAGCAAUGUCGCACAAGCUGAAUUUUCGGUGGCGACUGUGCGCUCUAGAUUACCUUUUGACAUACAGUCACAAUUUCCAUUGCCAGAUCAGUACACGUACUGGCAAGACCACACUGAAACACAGGCGUCAAAUUGUACUGAACUGAUAAGCACAGAAGCCUCGCCGACACAGGUUGAUCAAUUGGAGUAUCAAGAUUCGAGGAGGACCAUCGACUCGGAGACGACAGCGGCUGAAAGUAGAAAAGCAUGCAAUCAAAAAAGUGCCAAGAUUUCAAAGGACAGACAGAAAGCCCGACUUGAGCAAAUGACAAGGGAUCUUUCAACGUUACGUAGCAGGCACGAGCAAAUGUCUACCUACCUAGCCUCCCUAGCUGAAUUGGAAAAAAAUCUGAGUGCCGCUGUGAACACGUCCCCUAUGUAUUGA